UGGAGUUUAUACUAGCUUAGAAGAACUUCAAAGGCAAACAAAUACCUGGCUAAUUGACUAUCUUUUUGAGUUAUAUGCUGGUUGGCAUGCUGAUGAAAAGGAAGAGGAUUAUCUAUGGGCUUUAAGCCGUGUUGCUCAGUUGUUUGAUGGAGUACCAAAAUCUAGGGUUAUAGUAACAGAUAGAGAGCUAGCUCUUAUGG